GGUAUAACCUCAAAAACUUCCUAAUUUUUGUAAACAAACUGGUUCACCAUGUCUGGUGAAGAGAAAACCGCCUCAGCUGCAACACCGCAGUGCCAGUUCUUCGUACAGCGCAAGAAGCGGCUGUGCCGCAUGACUGUGAAGCCGGGGCGCCAGUACUGCGGCGAACACCAGCCGCAGCCGAACGCUGAAGCUGACCAGACGGACAAGAGAAUACCCUGUCCAAAUGAUCCUAAACACACCUGCUUCGCCAGUAAGCUAUUAAAGCACUUAGCGAUCUGCAACGCGCGGCGCACGGAGCAGCCGCCGUACAUAGUGCAUAACAUCAACGCUCCGGAGACGGUGGACUCAUGCCCCCGACUGCCACUCAGUUCGUACCCGAAAGAUGCACUCGCUAAUGUCAUUGAUAAAGUCAACCAUUUAUAUGCUAAGCAUGUGGAAGGCCACAUCACCCCGCAGCCACCUCAGCCGAUCCACCGCGCAGUGCUGCCCGAAUUCAGCGAAGAGGAUCGCGCGGAGAGCUCCCGACGGCAUCUUCGACGUUCCGCUUUACUGUGGGCCGCUGAGCUCGCCGGGCUGGCAACAUCGCGCACUUGCUAUGUGGAGCUAGGAGCUGGGAAAGGCCAGCUGUGUUACUACGCAGCACACGCCUGGUGUGCAAACACCGGUAGCCGCGUACUGGCUGUCGAUCGCGCCCCUCUAAGGCACAAGCGAGACAACAAGCUUCGCUCCACUCCUCCCACACAUACAGCUCCCAGUCACAAUGACACUGAAAGAGUCAAUGAUGAAGGAGUGCUAUAAAACAGUGGCAGAGAUGAUGAGUUCCAAGAUCAGAAAGACAAUAUUAGUGCAAAUAAGGAUAAAAUCAAUGAUACAGAUAUUAAAAAAUGUAAUACAUCUAACAAGAUAUCAAAUAGUGACAAUAUAUCAAGUACAGAAGGUACUGAUCAUUUAACUAUCUCAAAAGAGAAUGGAGAAACACCAAAUGAUAGAAAUAUAAGCAAAGCAAACAAAUUAUUGAAUAGUGACAAAAUAUCAAAUGAAACUAAUUCUAAUGUAGGCAAUGAAGAUAAUGGAAUAGUAACUAAAGAAUCUGAAAAUAUAACUAAUUCAAAAGAGAAUGGAGAGACAUAUAAAAAUAAGGAGAGCGAAGUGGCGGUGCGGAUUCGCGCGGAUUUGGCACAUUUGGCUUUGGAAGCUGUGCCGGUUGUUAUGGAGUGUGAGACUGUUGUGGGGUUAGCCAAGCAUCUGUGUGGGGUUGCUACGGAUUACGCUUUGCGUUGUAUAGCAGCCCCAGGAGUGGUCUCCAAGACCAGAGGUCUGGUACUAGCUACCUGCUGCCACCACCGCAUCGAGCGAGCGCUGUACGUCGCCAACCAAGAGCUACAGGAGCUAGGCAUAAACGGCGAAGAAUUCAACAUAAUGCUCGGCAUCGUAUCUUGGGCGACCUGCGGCGACGGGCGGAGCCGCGAGCGGCGCCUACACCCUCAGGAGGCCCAGGAGGGUCAGGAGACUCAGGAGGGCCAGGAGAAAGGGAGGAGGCAGGAGAGAGAGGAGACGGGAAGGCGGGCGAAGGCGCUGUUUGACUGGGGACGGGUGCUGUGGCUUCGGGCGAGGGGGUUCGAUGCUAGACUGUGCUAUUAUGUCCAGAGGGAAGUGUCGCUUGAGAAUGUGGCUAUUGUCGCUGUCAAACGGUGACGACAGGUACUAUAAGUCAUCAUCAUUCGCUUGCCCUUAUGCCAUUUAUUUGGGGUCUGCACAGCGGGUUCCUCUAUUUGGCAUACCUUUAAUUGUUCGAAACUAUUUUCGCAUAACAGACUUCGCGUAAUCGGUUUUCGACGACUGUUAAUUUGGAAGAAAACUGGUGGUUUGGUCAUAAUCUAAAAUAAUACGAAUAUUACUUUGUCCGAAAGUAAGUUCGCAUAAUUUUGUUUACGUCGAUUGUGUUUAUGAAUAAAAUUGAUUCGCAUAAUUGAAUUUAGUAUAUUUCUUAAAUCAGAUUAACCACCCAUACUAAAUGCUGUCAGGAGAGUCGGUUAGGUUAGAAUUGCAAGAUAAUUAAUCAUAAGUAUUCUGCGUGGUAAAUUUCGACUAAACACAAAUAAUUUAUGCAUAAAACCCAUUCGGCGAAUAGCCUUUAGGCACGAAAUAUAUUCGGACAAACAAAAAUAUGCCUAGACAAAUUAUGCGUAACUAUACUAUGCCAUAACAGAUUAUGCGAACCACAAAUGUUUGUUAUAUUUUACAAUAUUUGUAACCAAGGUCUUAGUGGAUCGAUGCGAUGCACAACCUUUCAAUCUCUGUAUUGUGUUUAAAAAUUGUGUCAGAUUAUAUUAAAUCUUAAUGUUUUUACUCAUUACUUUGUGAGAUUGAGUUAUUGCAAUAUUAGUUUCUAAGAAAGUUA